UCCUUACUACAACACUGUCGCCGACGUACACGUCAAACCUGAGCGUCUUCGUGAUGUCCAGUUCUUCCGCCUUUUAAUGAAUCCACAGUAACAAACUAGCUUUCGCUGUCUAGAGAGAAAACGUUACCGUAACAGGAUGAGCAGUGAAAAAUACCCCAAGUCUUCUAUUGAAGACGACUUUAACUACGGGACUAAUGUUGCUACGGCCAGUGUCCAGAUCCGGAUGGACUUCCUCAGGAAGGUGUACACCCUCCUGAGCUUGCAGAUCAUCUUAACCACAGCCACCUCGGCUCUCUUCAUGUUUUCUCAAAGCAUCAAAGAUUUUGUCCAUGGCAGUCCUGCUGUGGUUUUGGUUUCUGCUCUGCUCUCUCUGGUUCUUCUGCUGGCCCUGGCAGUUUACAGGCACCAACAUCCAGUCAACCUCUACCUGCUGCUUGUUUUUACUUUACUGGAGGCAGUUUCUGUGGGAACAGCGGUGACCUUCUAUGAAUACUCUACAGUACUUCAAGCAUUGUUCCUGACCUGUGCUGUGUUUACUGGACUAACAAUCUACACGUUCCAGUCCAAGAGAGACUUCAGCAAAAUGGGUGCAGGGCUCUUCGCCUGCCUUUGGAUCCUCAUCAUUGCUAGCUUUAUGAGGGUGAGUGAAACUAAUUUAAACAUCUAUUUCAUCUGAAAGAAACAACAAGAGACAAAAGGACUGGGUUCAUUGUGUGUCUGUAGUGUUUUACUGCUUGAACUUUCAGGUAAACUGUGGGUACAGAAGUGUGUUUAUAUGAAUAUAUGACAUCGAGGCAAUGAGAGAAAAUGUUUGACUUUUAGAACAUUGAUUAAAUGUUGGUCAUGAGUAGAGGCUGUGGAACAGGAUUGAUAUUCAUGGCCUUGCAGUGUAGAACAGCUUUAACCUCCCCUCAUGCUGACAGGGUGGCAAACAUUAGGAUUUUAUUGAGUUUGAUUCUGAGUUUAGUUCUGCUUGUCAAUUCCAGUUCUGAAUAAUUGUUUAAAUGUUGUUUUAUACAAAGGACAUAUGUAGUUCACAGGAGAAUGAUUUGGUCAGGUCUUUAUUCAGGUUAUGACAUAUUUAGUGUCAGACAGUUCAUGGAAGCUGUAAAUUCAUUUUCUACUGUUUAACUUGGCUGCUGUUAUUAAAUAUGAUUUUAUUGUACUGUUUUCAUUCAGUGUACUGUAAUACUGUCAUCAGUCACAGUGACAGCAUGGCUAAGGUCUAAAAAACCACUAACUUGCAAUGUGUACAGCUGCUGCCCAUGUUAGUGAGCAGUAGGGAUGUCUGAGCAUGUGACCUCACUAAAUACAUCUACAAAAGUCAAAGCUUAGUUCAGGCUAGCAGGCAUAAAAAUCCCCAACUUAAAAACUGGUAUUCUUUAGAAAAACAGAAAUAUCUGCCCUGUCAGGUAGUAAGAACAAAACCCCCAGGAACUCAGUGUAGAGGAGGCCUGAAAACAGAACUAUGAGGCUAUAUCUGACAGUCCAGGACAAGUCAUUUAUGGUUUCCACCACCCAGCAGCAGAGUUGUCAGAUUUACUGUUGUAGCAUGUCCACAUACAUCUGCAUUUCCUCCUCUUUUUCUGCUGUCUCAUCGUCUCCAGUGGAGACAUUUUUGAACUUUUGCACAGAGGUGUUUGUUAAACAAUUAAACAACAGGUCCAAACAUUCUAGU